AUGGCAGUGCCAAAUAUGGUGUUCUCUGACGUGGAAAGUUUUCUGGACUCGCAUCCUGAGUUAUUUGAGGACUACCUGAACAGAAAGGGGAAUUAUAGCAUGGUGGAGAAAUGGCUCAAGAAUCAUCAGGCGAGCAAAAGUCCGGCGGCUGCAGCUCGCGCCGAGCCGAGAGAGGAGAAGAGCAACGCGUGCAAGGACAGCUGGGCAAGCAAAUGCGAUGGUCUGCAAAGGAGAGCCUCGCAGAAGGAGCUGCGCAAAACUUUCGCCAGAUCAAAGGCCAUUAAUGUCAACAGGACAUACGACGAACAUGUUAAUUCCAGGGCCCAGGAGCCCCUGACGAGCAUGAGGAGGAGAGCUCUGCUGAGGAAAGCGAGCUCUCUGCCCCCGACCACUGCGCACAUACUGAGCGCACUGCUGGAGUCCAGAGUCAACAUCCCCCAGUACCCGUCCACAGCAGUGGAUUUUAAAUAUUACCUCAAACAACACAAUGAAAGAGAGUUCUUCCUGGAGCUUGUCAAAGACAUAUCUAACGACCUGGAUCUAACGAGUCUGAGCUACAAAAUCCUUGUGUUUGUUUGUAUUAUGGUCGAUGCAGACCGGUGCUCCUUGUUUUUAGUGGAGGGAACGGGCAAUAAGAAGACACUAGUGUCCAAAUUCUUUGACGUGCACGCGGGUACCACAGUUUUACCCUCAAUGAAUUCAGAUGAAGUUCAAGUGCCGUGGGGGAAAGGAAUCAUUGGAUAUGUGGCUGAACACGGAGAGACAGUGAACAUUCCUGACGCUUAUCAGGAUCGUCGGUUCAGUGAUGAAAUUGACAAACUGACAGGGUACAAAACCAAGUCACUCUUGUGCAUGCCCAUUCGCAACAGUGACGGAGAGAUCAUUGGAGUUGCUCAGGCCAUCAACAAGUCCUCAAGUGGCGAUCUCUUCACUGAAGAUGAUGAAAAGGUGCUGCAGAUGUACCUGCCCUUCUGUGGUAUUGCCAUCUCCAAUGCUCAACUCUUCGCCGCCUCAAGGAAGGAGUAUGACAGGAGCCGGGCACUCUUGGAGGUCGUCAAUGACCUGUUUGAAGAGCAGACUGACCUGGAGAAGAUUGUCAGGAAGAUCAUGCACCGGGCCCAGACAUUGCUAAAGUGCGAGCGCUGCUCUGUUCAGUUGCUGGAGGACAUUGAGUCACCGGUGGUGAAGUUUACCAAGUCAUUUGAGCUAUUGUCCCCUAAGUGUAGUGCAGACACUGAAAGCAGUUUCAAAGACAGUAUGGAGAAAUCGUCUUACUCCGACUGGCUCAUCAACAACAGUAUUGCAGAGCUAGUAGCAUCCACAGGACUACCCGUGAACAUUAGUGAUGCCUAUCAGGAUCCUCGCUUUGAUGCUGAGGCAGACCAGUUCUCAGACUUCCACAUCCGCUCCGUACUUUGUGUUCCCAUAUGGAACAGCAACCACCAAAUCAUAGGUGUCGCCCAAGUGCUGAACAGGCUCGAUGGGCAACCCUUCGAUGACGCAGACCAGCGUCUCUUCGAGGCGUUUGUGAUCUUUUGCGGACUGGGCAUCAACAACACCAUCAUGUACGACCAGGUGAAGAAGUCUUGGGCCAAGCAGUCUGUGGCUUUGGAUGUUCUUUCUUACCAUGCCACUUGCUCCAAGACUGAAGUUGACAAAUUCAAGGCUGCUAACAUUCCUCUGGUUUGCGAGAUGGGCAUAGAUAAGCUCUCCUUUGACGAUUUCUCUCUGGACGUUGACGCCAUGAUAACGGCUGCUCUGAGAAUGUUUAUGGAGUUGGGAAUGGUGCAGAAAUUUAAGAUAGACUAUGAGACACUGUGCAGAUGGCUGCUGACUGUCAGAAAGAACUACAGAAUGGUUCUCUAUCACAACUGGAGACAUGCCUUCAACGUCUGCCAGUGCAUGUUUGCCAUGCUAACGACGGCGGGCUUCCAGGAGACUCUGACAGAGGUGGAGAUCUUCGCUCUUAUUGUAGGUUGUGUGUGCCAUGACUUGGACCACAGGGGCACCAACAAUGCUUUUCAGGCCAAAACGGGCUCAGCACUUGCUCUGCUUUAUGGGACCUCUGCUACACUGGAGCACCACCACUUCAACCAUGCUGUUAUGAUCCUUCAGAGCGAGGGUCACAAUAUCUUCUCCAACCUGUCGUCCACAGAGUACAGUGACCUCAUGCAGCUGCUGAAACAGUCGAUUCUGGCAACAGACCUCACACUUUACUUUGAAAACAGGAACACUUUCUUUGAGCUGGUCAACAAAGGAGAGUACAACUGGAAUGUGAAGGCUCAUAGAGACAUGUGCAGAUCCAUGAUGAUGACAGCGUGUGAUCUUGGUGCUGUCACUAAACCUUGGGAAAUAUCACGCAAGGUGGCAGAGCUGGUGACCAGUGAGUUCUUUGAGCAGGGCGACAGAGAGAGAUCGGAGCUGAAGCUCACGCCCUCAGCCAUCUUUGAUCGAAACAGGAAGGAUGAGUUGCCGGGGCUUCAGCUGGAGUGGAUUGAUGGAAUUUGUGCUCCGCUGUAUGAGACUCUGGUCAAGUUGAAUCCCAAACUUCAGCCGAUGCUUGACAUGAUCAAAGCCAACAGGGCCAAAUGGGAGGAACUGAACAAGAAGAGACAACGUGGCCAGAGUGUUUCUCCACCCGCAAGCCCCUGCAGUGGCGACAGCACAGAAACAAGUGGCUAUGCUGUGGCCAAAACGGGCUGCCCACCCUGCUGUAGCGGCGAUGCUGAUGGCACACCAUCUAGACCUUUUAGUUAGCUUCUGAUGCCAUCUCUGAGCUGAUCUCUUAGGCUUAUUUCCUCUUACAUGCAGCCUGCAACAGAGGCAGUGCAGUGCAUGCAGAGGGUCUUGGGCUCUGCUCCUCUUCGCUUUUGCUACUAGAGAUGAGCUUUAGACUUGAGUGCGGCGCAAUCAUACAGGUUUUUCUGCUCCCUUCAGUCUUCCUGUGCUGAGGGCUGACAGAACUGUGUUUGGCAAGCUUGUCGGAGCAGCUACAAAUCAGCUAUGUCAGAAAGGAAACUCAAACCACUGUGUCAACAUGUCAACCAGUGAGUUAACACUGACUAUUCUGGGCAGUGCACAGAUUUUCAGCACAAGGCAUGGAGAAUAUACGAGAGGAAUGUUCGUUGCUGUGGUUCGUUUUGCUCUUGGUAACGUUACCUCCUCGUUGCUCGCAUUUUGUCCGGGGUAACAGAGAUAUUUUUUGUAAAUCUGUACAUACGCUUUUGGGUUAUUAAUAAGUGCUGUUUAAAAACAACCUGUACACACUGGAUUGUGAUGUGGCUGUAGAGUUUCUGAAUUAAAAGGGGUGCAGGAACAGCAGGACCUGUGACAUUGCUUGCAAUGCAAAUUGAGUGCCCCGCUCCUACCCUUCCUGUGCCUUGUUUUCAAAUUCUAAUGAAAAAUGCAUGGCCUCCUCAUUCUUAGAAAGUCAGGAAAUCCAUGUUAACCAUGACAUGUUUUUGCCAUAAUUUGUAAAACCAAUGACUGCAGUUAUGUCUUGACCCCAAGCAUUAACAUUACAUAUAAAAAAUAACUAUUUUGCUCAGUUUUAUAUAUGCAGGAUCUCACUUGUCACACACACACACACACACAAUGUGCCUUGAUGACGUUGUUCUGAUAUCACAAUCAUUUCUGAAGAAAAGGUCCUUUCAUCUACUGAUGUAUCACUAACCGCUGAAACAUAAAGCAAUGUAAUGUUAUUUAAUAUCAACUCCUCACUAAACUACAUUUAAAAUAAUAGUUUAGAAUAAUAGAAAUUACACUUACUUGUGUUCUGGCGAAAAGUUAGAUGAUGAGACCACUCUCACAUCUGUCUUAUAAAUAUAAGGCUGACAGUUAGCUUAGCUUAGCACAAAGACUGGCAACAGGGGGAAACAGCUAGCCUGAGUCCGUCUAAAGGUAAUUUGCCAACUAGCACAUCUACAGCUCAUUAAUUCAAACAUUAUAAUGACUUUAUAAUAAAGUCUGUUUAAUCUGAACAAAAACCUACGUGUACUGUUGUGUCAGACUAUUCCUCAGCUAGAAAGACCGGUAACUUUCUACCGUUUCGAUGUUAGCCAGGAAAC